AAAAGCAAAAAUGAACCAUGUCCCAUAUACAACCAUUUUGCACAUUUUUCUCAGCCACAACAACAAGUAUUAUUGUUAUUUGUUUUUGUUUCUUUAUUAUUCUCUUUAUAACAAUUUGUGUUUUCUCUAACAAGAUUAGUAACAUUCCAAGAAAUGGGCAAGAGAGGAACAAGGUUACCUGGUUUUUGUUUGAACAGAAUUAGGCCUCAUGCGAGGGUGCGUUCGCCAACUAUACAAGCGAAGAAUGAUAAAAGUGAUGAUACUAAAAUUGAUGAGAAGAUUGAGAAUUCUUCAUGUAGUGUUUGUGAGGAGAAAUUAGAUGAUAGUGGUGUGAAACAAGGGUCAGUGAUUAGUAGGAAGAUUAUGAUUGUGAUUGAUUCUAGUCUUGAAGCUAAAGGUGCUUUGCAAUGGGCACUAACUCAUACUGUUCAAAAUCAUGAUACUAUAGUUCUUCUUCAUGUGAUGAAAUCUUCUUCUAAACAAGCCACAGAUGAUGAAGCUUCUAGCAAGGAGACAGAUCCAAGGGCUUAUGAACUUGCUUCUUCUUUCAAGAAUAUUUGUAAUGUGAAGAUGCCGGAGGUACAAAUUGAGAUUGCAGUAACAGAAGGAAAAGAAAAGGGACCAAAAAUAGUGGAGGAAGCCAAAAAACAAGGUGUGGCACUUUUGGUAUUGGGACAGAAGAAGAGGUCCACCACGUGGCGACUUCUAAUGAUGUGGGCUGGCAAUAGAGUAACUGGUGGUGUUGUAGAGUAUUGUAUCCAAAAUGCACAUUGUAUGGCAAUUGCUGUGAGAAGAAAGGGUAACAAAACUGGAGGGUAUAUGAUUACUACUAAACGUCAUAAAGAUUUUUGGCUAUUAGCUUAAUCUAUUGUCAAAAUAAUUUGGAUGUUGUCUCACCUUUAAGAUUUUACAAGUGAUUAAUUAUAUAAUGUUGUUUGGUUUGUAAAAUCACAAUGUUAUUUGUAAAUAAUAAAGUGUUUUGUGAUAUGCAAAAGUAUGUAAUUGAGAAUGGAAAGGAUGAAUGUGCAUUUUGGUAUAAAUUUUUUAUCUUA